CCGCCUGCUAGGGCAUCGUCAACUCCAUCAUCCCACCGGAGCUCCGCUUCACCGUCCUCAAGCUCACCGGCCACCUCUCAGCCUACUUCGACAUCAGUGAGACCGACGGCGUCAACACCAACGAGCUCUAUAAUGCCGUCUAGCUCUACCUCUCCUCCUCCGUCUCCAACUCCGACACCCUCCUCUCCCUCACCCGCUCCGUCAACUCCUAUGCCGUCACCUUCAGCCUCGCCAACAACGAAUCCAUCGCCGACUCCUUCAACGGCGCCGUCGUCCUCUGGGAGCACGUCGUCUCACACCGCCACUCCCAGACCUUCUCCUGGAACCCCUUGCCCGACGAGAAGCGCGGAUUCACCCUCCGCAUCCAGAAGAACGAAAAAACCUUAUUCCUCGACUACUACCUCGAUUACAUUAUGGAGCGGGUGGCGGAGAUUCGCCGCAAGAAUCAAGAUCGGCUGCUGUACACGAAUUCUCCCGGCGGUCUCGUUCAAUUAG